UUAAAAACAUUAAAAAUCUUACCGAUCCCAAACUUUUGAGCGGUAGUGUAAAUACUAUAAUCAUGACCUCUUACUGAUAUGAAUCAGGUUUUUCAGAGCAACUUAAUGGUACAUAUUAUGCAUACAUUACAAUAUAGUGACGUGACCUACUUUUGCAUAAUGCCUUUUUGGAAACUUUAGCUAUAGCCUAUAAGGAAAUCUUUUUUGUUUAGCAUUUGAAAUGUCAUGAAUGUUUCAUUCUUCCAUGUAACAAAGGAUAUGGGAAAAGUUUGGGAUAAGCCCAGAUUGCUGAUUUAUCUUAGAAGAACUCUGCUUAGUGACAAAUGUAAGUGCAAAUGUGAUUUUUGAUUUCAAAGAGUCCAUUUACCGGAAGGGUUUUGGAAAUAGGUGCUAUUUUGUCACGGGUAUUUCCUCGUAUGAUUUCGUUUACGUGCCUACGGGGUUUUUUAUCUGCAGCUACGUUUCAAUGGGCGGGACUUUCAUGCCUUCCGGCAACCCUCGAGAGCACCUGACUCACCCGUGUACAGCAAAUCGCCAUAUACGAGUGCGAUCUCAGCUGCCAACAUGUUAUCACGAAGGCUUUCUGGAAAAGAAAUCCAUCAGAGACAAGAUGGGUCGUAAACUCUGGACCAGUUUAUGUGGAAAUUCACUCUUUUUCUUCAAUAACACUAAAGACAGUGUUUAUGUAGAGAAGCUGGAGCUCACUGAUCUUAUCACGUUGUCCGAUGACUGCUGUCGUGACCGAAACCUGAAUGCCGCUGGAUUCACUCUACACAUGAAAAAUGAAGACAUCAAGAUGAUUGCACCCAGCCUUGAGGCCCGAGAACUGUGGAAAGGCUUCUUGCUCUCAAUUUCCAAGCUAUCUGUGCCAACUUCUCUGAACCUGCUGCCUGGCCAGAUUCACAUGAUGAAGGAAAUAAUUGAAAAAGAGAAAAAGAGGCAGCGGCUUCUUUCAGUUCCACCGCCAUCUCAGGAUUCUGACAAUUAUGUUAUUGUUGUGCCAGAAAUGCCUAUGUGUUAUUAUCCUGUCAAUCGCGUCGAAGCUGAAAUCUUACUGGAAAGGAACGCCGAUCAGGGAAACCUACUGCUGCGGCGGCGUCAAGACGGGUCUUUCGCUCUUACCACUCGCCAAGAUAUUAACGGAUCAGUAUUCAAACAUUAUUGUGUGUCUCGGAGGCCCGAAGGAGGAUUCGCUAUUGCCCUUGAGACUCCUGUCAGCUGUAACACCCUGCAUGAUGUCGUGAACUACCUGGUGGAAAAGAGCAGUGGGGUUUUGGUGCCUCUUCUGAUGGAGCAUCACUAUGAGAAAAAUAUCACAAUUAUUAAGCCCAAUGAAGAAAAUGGUGAGAUAAUUGAACAUUGUCUCAGAAAUGUCCCUUCACCUACUCCUCCGACGCCACCCCCCAAACCAGUCACAAGGUGUGUCGGGUCCAGUUCAGAACUAAACACACCUGAAAAUGAAUACCUCAGUGCCUCAGAUACUGGAGAGUUUGAGGUGGAUCAGGCCACAUGUAGGAAACCUCCUGUCCUACCACGUCUUCCAGGGCGGUAUCUGCCACAUCAGAAUUCUGUAGAUCUACACACCAGUUCAGAUGGUGAAAGAAAACCUUUGGUACCUCCUGGCUACUGUAAAACACCUUCCCGAAGCAACAGUUUGUCAAGCUUGCAAGAGAGUUGUUCCACGCGUUCCAAACCAUCUUUGGUUGAUAUGAAUGAGCUCCAGAAUGCUAUUAGGAGACGAGCUAUGCUAGAAUGAUUGUAAUCUCUGUAAGAUGAUGAUAAUAAUAAUGGUUUCAUUGUUGAACGAGGAAUAAUUCCUUAGUAUUAAGCCAGCAGAUGCAUGGAUAUACAGCUUUACUCACCUGAACGCUGUAUCUGUGAGAUUUGUCCACUGCUGUCCAGUUGGCUGGAUCAACAAAUAUGCCCUUGAAUCAAGUUUUCUUUAUUCAUCAGCAUUAUGAUAUAUUAGUUAUUUACAAUCAUUUAUUACACCAACAUAUCGCUCAUUAAUGUGCCUCGUUGUGACUUUAGGAGCUGCUGACUGUAAAUCACUACUGUUGUUUGUGUAGUCAAAGUUUAUCUCACUGACGUACUGUUGAUUUAUCACAAUUUCAGAGAUUAUUCCUGUGAAAAGUCAUAUAAAUGUUUUGUCUUGAAUUCCUAUGUAUUGGAUAGCUGGUCUAUGUCUCUUUUCUCUGCCUCUGAUAUUAAAAAAUAUCAGGCUUGCUAUAAAGAAAAGGUCUGUUGGUAAUAUGAUGAUUUAUACUAUGACUUUACUAUGUGGGGAAGUUGCAGGUCUUCUUUCUCCAGAUAGAGAAAUGGAUCAAACGAAUGUUGUUUUUCUGUUCCUGUUAAAACAUGACGUUUUAUUCUAUGUAUUUUAAGAACAAUACAAUGAUCACGGAAAAAAUG